AUGUCUCCCUCUGAAAUCACGUGCAAAGCGGCACUCGCGACCGCCCCAAACGUACCUCUGGAAAUCUGCGACGUCAUCGUUUCCCCGCCACAAAAAGGCGAAGUGCGGAUAAAAAUCACCCACACGGCGUUGUGCCACACGGACAGUUACACGUUAUCCGGGCAGGACCCGGAAGGGUUGUUCCCGGCGAUUUUAGGGCACGAAGCCGCUGGAAUUGUCGAGUCUGUCGGGGAAGGCGUGACGAGUUGUAAAGUUGGCGACUCGGUCAUUCCGUGUUACCAGGCGUGUUGUUUAAACAUCGAAAACGUACAACCGUGCAAGUUUUGCGUGCACCCGAAAACGAACUUGUGUCAAGCGGUGAGACAAUGGACCGGAUGCGGGAUCAUGAAAGCGGACGAGAAAACGAGGUUUCGAAAGGCGAGCGAUGACACGCCUAUAUUUCACUUCAUGGGGACGAGCACGUUUUCGGAGUACACGGUGGUGCACGAAGUAGCAGUCGCCGUGGUCAAUCCAAAAGCGCCGAGAGAGAAGACGUGUUUGCUCGGGUGCGGGGUGAGCACCGGGUGGGGCGCGGUGUAUAACACCGCGAAAGUUGAGAAAGGGAACACGGUUGCGGUGUUUGGUUUAGGCGCGGUUGGGUUAGCCGUCAUCGAAGCGUCCAGAGAGGUUGGUGCGAGUCGGAUUUUAGCCAUCGAUACGAACCCGGAGAAAUUCGAGGUGGCGAAAAAGUUUGGCGCGACGGAGUGCGUGAAUCCGAAAGAUUUCGCAAACGAGAAGAUUCAAGACGUGAUUGUGAAAAUGACCGACGGUGGCGUCGAUUUCUCGUUUGAAUGCAUCGGGAACGUGGACGUGAUGCGCGCAGCCUUGGAGUGUGCGCACAAAGGAUGGGGCGAAUCCGUCAUCAUCGGCGUCGCCGCAGGCGGGAAGGAAAUCGCGACGAGACCGUUUCAGUUAGUCACCGGCAGAGUGUGGCGAGGGACGGCGUUCGGCGGGUACAAAUCGAGAGUCGAGGUACCGAAGUUAGUGGAGAAAUACUUAGCCGGGAAAACGAUGCUGGACGAGUACGUGACGCACCAGAUGAAGUUUGAGCAAAUUAACGACGCGUUCGAUUUGUUACACGCCGGCAAAUGCCUUCGAGUCGUCUUGUCCAUGGAUGAAUAA